CACUGCUGGUGUGCUGUACAGAGACUUAAAGUUUAGUGGAUUCUCAAACAAGGACUAUUUUUUAAAUCGCUGCCAAGAUGUCUUUACAAUUUAAAGAUGCCUUUUGGGGAGUGGACUUCAUCAGCAAUAUCGGGUAUGAGACGAUUAUUCAAAGACUUAAUGAUGGCCGACGUACAUGCAAGGACAUGGAGGAUCUCUUGAAAAUGAGGGCAUCAGCAGAGGAGAAAUAUGGCAAGGACCUGGUUACCAUCGCCCGCAAGGCUGGGGGUUUACAUGAGAUCUGCACUUUGAGAUCAUCUUUUGAUGAAAUGAAAACACAAAUUGAGAACAUAGGAAACUUGCAUAUUCAGCUUUCUGGGCUCCUAAAGGAGGAGGUGAAGAGAAUGGAGCAGUUCAGAGAACGACAGAAAGAACAGAGGAAAAAGUUUGAAGUUAUCAUGGAGAAGGUCCAGAAAACAAAAGUCUCCCUCUACAAGAAAACGACAGAAUCUAAAAAAUCGUAUGAGCAGCGCUGCAGGGAGGCAGACGAGGCAGAGCAAACGGCUGAGAAGAUGGGCAACACUCCCACAGCCACUCCCAAACAGAUUGAGAAGAUGAACAACAAAUCUAAACAGUGCCGGGAAGCUGCAGAGGAGGCUGAGAAACAGUACAUGGCAAACAUUGAACAGCUUGACAAGAUCCGUCAAGAAUGGGAGGCAACACACAUCAGCACAUGUGAGAUGUUUCAACAGCAGGAAGAAGACCGCCUGAGCAUACUAAGGAAUGCUUUGUGGGUGCACUGUAACCAUUUAUCAAUGCAGAGUGUGAAAGAUGAUGAGUGUUACGAGGACGUGAGGACAACACUGGAAAGGUGUGACAUCAUCACAGACAACAACUGCUUUGUGGAGAUGAAAAGAACUGGCUCAACCCCCCCAGCUGCACUUGUAUACCAAAAUUACUACGACAGGGAUGCUGCAACUGACAGAAAUGGCAGUGCUGGAUUUGUAGGAGUUAUGAAAAGGUUUUCAAAUCUUCUGCAGGGAAACGGUCCCACUGGCUCCAAAGCGAGCAUCAAUGAGCCAGUUGCAAAACCUACCGCGGAAACAUCCGAAGGAGUCUAUGCUUCCAUUCCUGGAUUUCAGGUGUCCCAGCUGAGCAGCGAGGAGUUUAAGGCCAUGUAUGACUAUGUGGCACAGGGCGACGAUGAGCUCUCUGUGUCUGCUGGGGACGUCGUGGUUGUCAUAGAUCAAGGUGAGGACGGUUGGUGGAUGGUGCAAAGAAAUGGCCUUACAGGAUUGGUUCCUGGCUCUUACCUUGCGAAAGAAUGAGUUCACCUGACAGUCAUUUGUUGGACUUAUUGACUACUACAUUUCCUCAUGUAAUAUUUUCUAAAGGCCCUUUCCUUCCAAGUUACCUUGUAGUUCAAUUGUAUCUACUGUUUAUAUUUCUGUUACAUACAGUACAUCAUUUAAACUCCUAUGUGUCAGAUAUGUAAGAAAAUGUCCAAAUUUGGCGCCACCUAUUGGUAACUAAGUCUUUAAAAGACACUGUAACAGAGAACAAUGCAUGCCAAUAGACCAUGAGAAUGAAAGGUUGACAGCAACAAGCAAAAAAACUAUGCAAUCUUCAUAAUUUAAAAUCGCUGUUAUCACAUAAAAAUCCUGCACAUAGGGGUCUUUAGAGUGGCACGAGCCACUGUUGAAUAGUGAAUUAUUUAUUGACAGCUGGGAAAUAUACUGAUCUGUUGCACAAGGUCACUGCACUAAGUUUAUUCAUAUAUUGUCAAUUAUAUUCUUUUAUAUUUGAAGUCCUAAACAUUGGGUAGAAUGUUUGAUUUCUGUUGUUGGCUUCUAUGUAAUUUCUGUGUAGUUAUUGUUUCUAUUCUGAAUGCUGAAAAAGAAAAAUUGUGUGUGCAUGAGCA